AUGGGUGAGCGAUCGAGCUUCGCGAAGCUACUUUCAAUACGUGGCGGGCUGGCGGCCACCGCCGCGCGACGUGUCCCGUUGCUUCUGCCUAUAAAUGCCACCGGCUCCAAUCUCCUUUCCAACACACACAAGCAGUCGAUCGAUUCAUCCAAGCCAGAGUUGAGCAAUACUAGCAGUGAGAUUUACAGUGAUUUCACUUCGUGUUUGUUGGUGAGAGAGAAGAGCAGAGAAGAGAAGAUGGCCUCCAACCAGAACCAGGCGAGCUACGCGGCCGGCGAGACCAAGGCCCGCACUGAGGAGAAGACCGGGCAGAUGAUGGACAAGGCGGGGCAGGCCACGGAGGCCACCAAGCAGAAGGCCGGAGAGGCCAAGGACAAGACGGCCCAGACGGCGCAGGCGGCCAAGGACCGCGCCGCCGAGAGCAAGGACCAGACCGGCAGCUUCCUCGGCGAGAAGACGGAGGCGGCCAAGCAGAAGGCCGCCGAGGCAACCGAUGCGGCCAAGCAGAAGGCGUCGGAGACGGCCCAGUACGCGCAGGAGAGGUCCUCCGACGCGGCGCAGUACACCAAGGAGUCCGCCGUGGCCGGCAAGGACAAGACCGGCAGCGUGCUCCAGCAGGCCGGCGAGACGGUGGUGAGCGCCGUGGUGGGCGCCAAGGACGCCGUGGCGAACACGCUGGGCAUGGGCGGCGACAACACCAACACCGCCAAGGACAGCACCACCGAGAAGAUCACUAGGGAUCACUAG